AUGGCAGCGACGGCGCGCUGGGCAAGGGCAACGACGGCGCGCCGGAUAGCGACGGCACGCGGGGCAGGGGCGGCACGCGAGCAGCGGCGGCGCCAGGCAGCAGUGGCGCGCGGGCAGCGGGAGCGCGUGGGCAUGGGCAGCAGAGGCGCGCAUGGGGCGGCGCAAAGAGCUGCGCGCGGCUCGCACACCAGUUCGGACACCUCCCUUCCCCCUAUCUCAGCACCUCCCUUCCCCCUUUCACAGCAACCCACUUCCCCCUUUCACAGCACCUCCCUUCCCCCUCUCUCAGCACCUCCCUUCCCCCUAUCACAGCAACUCCCUUACCCCUCUCAUAGCACCUCCUUUCCCUCUCUCACAGCACCUACCUUCCCCCUCUCUCAGCACCUCCUUUCCCCCUAUCUCAGCACCUCCCUUCCCCCUAUCACAGCAACUCCCUUUCCCCUUUCACAGCGACCCCCUUCCCCCGCUCACAGCACCUCCUUUCCCCCUCUCUCAGCAUACUCCCUUCCCCCUAUCACAGCACCUCGCUUCCCCCUCUCUCAGCACCGCCCUUCCCCCUAUAAUCAAAACUCCCUUCUCCCUUUCACAGCACCCCCCUUCACCCUCUCACAGCACCUCGUUUCCCCCUCUCUCAGCACCUCCCUUCCUUCUAUAAUCAAAACUCCCUUCUCCCUUUCACAGCAACCCCCUUCCCCCUCUCACAGCACCUACCUUCCCCCUCUCUCAGCACCUCACUUCCCCCUAUCACAGCAACUCCCUUCUCCCUUUCACAGUAACCCCCUUCCCCCUCUCUCAGCUCCUCCUUUCCCCUUCUCUCAGCACCUCCCUUCCCCCUAUAAUCAAAACUCCCUUCUCCCUUUCACAGCAACCCCCUUCCUCCUCUCACAGCACCUCCUUUCCCCCUCUCUCAGCAACCCCCUUCCCCCUCCUCACAGCACCUCCUUUCCCACCCUCACAGCACAUGUUGCACACUGA